AUGUCAGGUUCUGUAGUAUCUACUCUAAUGAAGCCAUAUUUUCAUAAAGGCCAUAUUAUAUACUUGGAUAAUUGGUACACGUCACCUACCCUUUUUAAAUAUUUAUCACGAAAAAAAACAGGAGGCUGCGGAACAGUGAAAAUUAAUAGGAAGGGAAUGCCCAAGCUGUAUCAGAAAUUAAAGCCGGGAGAAUGUGUAUAUGGCAUUUCAAAAAAGUCUAAGCUUUUAGCUCUAAAAUGGAAAGACAAGAGGGACGUGUUUAUGUUGUCAAGCAUACACAAGCACAAAAUGAAAAUAAUAAACACUCCACGAAAAACUACAUCAAAACCUAACAGCAUACUAGAUUAUAAUAAUAAUAUGGGUUUGGUAGAUAAGAGUGAUAUGAUGAUGAGCUUUAAUGGAACUGUAAGGAAAUCGGUUAAAUGGUAUAAAAAGUUUUUUUUCCAUUUAUUAGAUAUGACUGUUUUAAACUCCGGAAUAAUAUUUAGCGGUUUAAAAAAAGAAAAAUUAAAAUUGCCAGAUUUUCGAAUGAAACUAAUUCAACAAAUCCUCGAAAAUCAUGGUACACCGAAAACAGCUAGAGCACAAAAUGUAUCGUUAAAUAAUCCACUAAGAUUAUCUGCUCGCCAUUUCCCCACACUUAUUGAAUCAGCAGGUAAUAAAAAACCAAGUCAGAAAAAAUGUCAUGUACAUAGUAAUACCAUGUUAGGCACAAGAAGUCGGAAAGAUACCAGAUAUGAGUGUAAGGAUUGUGGUAAAGCUCUGUGUCUCGAUCCAUGUUUCAAAGACUACCACUGUAAAAAAAAGUAUUAA